AUGGCAGCGCUCCGCAGCGCCCGCGUGCUCUGCAGCGCCCGCGUGCCACUCGUCCAGCGGUGCUGUGUGCACCUGGGGCAGAUCCGUGGCUUCGCGAGCCCGAUCAAGUGCAAGGCUGCAGUGGCCCGAGGGGUAAACGACCUCCGCGUGGAGGAGGUGACAGUCGCUCCCCCGGGCCCACGAGAGGUGCGGCUCAAGGUGCAUUCCAAUGCAUUGUGCCAUACCGACAUCUACACGCUUUCGGGCCAAGAUCCAGAGGGCCUCUUUCCCAGCAUUUUGGGCCAUGAAGCCGGCACGGUUGUGGAGAGCGUGGGCGAAGGGGUGACAGGCCUGAAGCCAGGUGACAAGGUCAUCCCUUGCUACACUCCGCAAUGUGGCGAGCCAGAUUGUAUUUUUUGCUUUCCACCCAGAGGCAAGAGGACGAAUUUGUGUCCCAAGAUCCGUGGAACCCAAGGCAACGGUGUGAUGCCGGAUGGCACCAGCCGAUUUACCGAUGCCGAAGGAAAGGAGAUCAAGCAUUUCAUGGGGUGCUCCACCUUCUCCGAGUACACCGUAGUGGCCGACAUCUCCUGCGCUAAGGUCUCUGAGACGGCGCCCUUGGAUGUGUGCUCCCUGUUGGGCUGCGGUGUCUCGACCGGCCUCGGCGCAGCCUGGAACACCCUGAACAUCGAGGGCGGCUCCAGCGUGGCCGUCUUCGGACUGGGCGCCGUGGGGCUUUCAGUGAUCCAAGGCUCCAAGAUGCGGGGCGCCGCCAGGAUAUUUGCAAUUGACAUGAACCCGAAGAAGUUCGAGAUGGCCAAGGAGCUGGGUGCCACAGACUGCGUGAACCCUAAGGACUAUGACAAGCCCAUCCAGCAGGUCAUUGUGGGCAUGACAAAGUGGGGUGUGGACUACACCUUCGACUGCACUGGAAAUGUGGAGGUGAUGCGUGCUGCCUUGGAGUGCGCUCAUCGUGGCUGGGGCGAAAGCUGCGUAGUGGGUGUCGCCGCAGCCGGCAAGGAGAUCAGCACACGGCCGUUCCAGCUGGUCACCGGCCGCAAGUGGACUGGCACAGCCUUCGGCGGCUUCAAGGGCCGCUCAGAGGUGCCACCCCUCAUCGACGACUAUGAGGCAGGCCGUCUAAAGCUCGACCACUACAUCACUCAUCGCUUCCACGGUGUGGAAGGCAACUUGCAGGCCGUUGAAGCGUUACAUUCUGGCGACUGCCUCCGGGCCGUUGUGACCUACUGA